UAUCAGAUAGCCAGCUGAGUAGCAAAUACCAAACAACAGGGGUGGACGCGGCGCAACGCUAGCGUUAGCUAAACUCUUUUAAAACAAUUUGAAUCUAGGUGUGCAAUGCUUAAGUGCAACAUAAAAAGACAUAUUGGUUUGCCUGGUGUCUGUAAACACUAAUCCCUGAAACAUAUAUGAAGAUUACAAAAUAUUUUUCUUGACAGUGAAAAAUACUGGGACUGCAUUCUGCUGUGCAAGUCUCAUUCGGCAACGUAGCUAGAGAACUGAGGAGCACUCAUCCUCCGUCGAUGACAACAUGGAGUAAACAUGGCCCACAAGAGCAUUUUUAUUGAAGCUCUAGAUAGAUCAGAGGCCAAGAGAGAUGGAGGUUACAGACAGAACUGGAGCUUCUCUCUCUCUGGUGACUGUGAAGAGCAGAGGAGGCACGACCCUCCCGUGACUAUGGAUGAAGCUGGCGGACCGCAGGAGCUCUCCCCUGAGGGGUUGAAGUCUCCCCCCCUGAAGCCUUUCGCAGAGACACAGAGGACUUACGAGAGGAGGCCAAAUCAUCCCAAUCAUUUUAGGGCUCUAAACAAAAUGGGAGCCAAUAAGAUGCUCAGUGAAAGUCCACUCUCGGUAGCAGCGAUGCAACAGACGCCCAACAGAACCAAUUAUUUUAACCACAGCCCGUCGCUCUCACAGGGUGUGGUCGUUCAGGGGAGACUGUUUCAGCACGCGCAAACCCCCUCCGCAGUACGCAAGCCCACCCAAAGCAAUCAUGACUUGAAAGAAAGAAAUGACUACAACACCCAGUCAAUCCAAAGAGUAGACAUUGAGAGCAUUGUACUCACCUGCCCAGACAUCUCAGAUGCUGAUGAGAUCAACAUUAAGAGACGCACUCAGCAGAAGCGGAGGCCUCUGCUUGAACCCAUGGGCAGCUUCUCCUCCCCCACACAGACAGUAGAGCCCGUCCUUGAUCCUCACGAGUACUUCUCCGUGUGUGGGAAGUGUAACCAACCCAGCGAGGACCACACCAAGUGCCAGAACUGCGGCAGUGCCCUUCCAGUCGAGACGGUCCUCUCCCACCACCAGCACUCGUCCCAGGUCACCACCACCUCCCCCUCCCUCGCUCCCCACGCCAGGCCUCCCAUCCGCUCCUCCCAGCCCUCCCUCUCUCCUGCUCUCUCGAGUGGCUCCCACAGCAGCCUGUCGCUCGGCACCAAGAACUUCUAUGGUGCGGCCGCCGGCGGCCUGCACUCGCCUCACGUGGACAUGGUCAUGAACCCGCCUGCUCGCAUCACCCGCGGCAACCUGCUGAUACCACACAACGGCGGGCGGGCGUGCGCGGGGCUGGCAGGGAGUACGGCGGCGGCGUCGACGUCGUAUCAGGCAAAAUUCUCAAACUGCAAGAGGCAUUCGCUCACCAAGCCCCACGAACUCAACGACCCCAUUGUGCUGUCCAGUGACGAGGAGGAGGAGGAGGAGGAGGAGGAGGCUGACAAUGCGAGUACGGGUAGCGUCAACAGAUUGGACAGCGUGUCGCCGCGGCCCGCAGACUCUGCUCACUCCUCUCCGGCGCCCUCUGGGGGCAAGGUGGAGGCAGCGGUGAAGGGCCCGGCAGAGCAGCAAGACGAGCUCACGGUGGACUACUUCACUGAGAUCAAUGACUCACGCAUCACACUGCCCAGAAAACCACGCAUGAAAGAUCCGUACGGGAACCCAGUGUGUGAGGACCACUCUACACCCAAGAGGCGUAAGGUCAUCGCACCCAAACUAGAGAGCAUCAUUCUGGAGUGUCGCAGUGUCAGAAUAGGGACUCUCCGGCGGAUGGUCACCAAGCCUGUUAUUUUUUCAUCAGAAUACAUCCAGCUUGAAACUGAAAGUCGUGAGGUGGAUGUGAUGGAGAAGGUGCGUCUGCGGGCAUCGGAGCUGACCAGCUGCGAGUGGUGCAACGUGAGAAAGCUGCCAGUGCUCUUCUUCCAGACCAGUGCCAACGAGUGCCAGCGCCUUCGCCAGCAGCUCCACAUGUCACAGGAGAGCGGAGGCCUGUGGUAUGACUGCACUGGAAACAACACACCUGUCCACCUUCUCUCCCGCUCAGAUCUGGACGAGAAGUACAUUGUGCUGAUCUUCGAGAAUGGGCUCUCCAUGCACGAGCAGAUGAUCCUAGAGGAGAUCCUGGUGGAGAUAGGGCGCACCAACGCCCUCCAAGACUUCCCCUCCAAGCUGACCUUUUCCGAGGCCAAUGUGCGGCUGGUGCAGUACAACAAGGCCGCCAAGGAGAAGGAGAAAGUCAAGGUGCAGGAAACCGCACAGAAGACAGCAGCAGCCCCAGCUACAACAAGCCCAACCCCCACAGCCACCCCAGCCCCCACUACCACCUCCCCCUCCCCCUCCAGCCCUGUCCCUCCUCCUCCUCCACCACCGGCCCCUGUGCGGACACGGAUGGCCACGCGCCUCCACGCCUGCUUCGAGGACGAGGAUGAAGACGACAUGGAGCUGCAGCCUACUUUCACUGGCCCUGUAGUAAAGCUCAUGGUGUACCCCCCUCCCCCGGCCAAGGGAGGAAUAUCCGUGACCAACGAAGACCUCCACUGCCUCAAUGACGGAGAAUUCCUGAAUGAUGUCAUCAUCGACUUUUAUUUAAAGUAUUUGUUCCUGGAGAGGUUGAAAAAGGACGACGCAGGACGGAGCCACGUGUUCAGCUCCUUCUUCUACAAGCGGCUGAACCAGCGCGAGAGGAGGAACGUGACGGACACGGCCAAUCUCCCGAUCCAGAAGAGAAAGCACAACCGGGUGAAGACCUGGACUCGCCACGUCGACCUCUUCCAGAAGGACUUCAUCUUUGUCCCCAUCAAUGAGUCGGCUCACUGGUACCUGGCUGUGAUCUGCUUCCCUGGCCUAGAGGGCCCUAAACUGGAGCCCAACCCCUCCUAUCAGCCCCAGUCCCAAACCACAGGGGCCGUCAGCAGGGGCAGCCCGGCGCUGGAGAGGGACCACCACUCCUCGGCCCGGGAGGCCCCGACGUCGGCCCCUGCCACCCCCUCUCCACCCCUCAGCACCGCCCCUGUGGCCUGCCCUGCCGGCCCCGCUGCUGCCAACCACCAGCACAAGGCUGUGCCCGUGUGCCGCCACCUGGCUCAGGACACCAACUGCAGCCCCGGCAUUAAUGGCCAGCUCAAGGUCCAGCCACAGUACUCAGACGGUUUGCACAGGAUCAGCGUGUCUUAUGGAUCAGGAAACAGGCAUGAUGACGCCUUCGUCUUUUCUGAUGAGAGAAGCUCAAGUCCGGAUGAGUGUAGUGAAGAUGGGGCACUGGCAGAGGAUGUAUUCAAUUCUGAAAGCAUGGAGUGGACGUCCAAACCUACCAUCUGUAAACAGCCUUGCAUUCUCAUCAUGGACUCCUUACGUGGCCCAGCUAGAUCCACAGUGGUGAAAACUCUCAGAGAGUAUCUUGAGGUGGAGUGGGAGGUGCGGAAAGGCACACAGCGGAGUUUUGGCAAGGACGUGAUGAAGGGCUCGAGUCCACGCGUGCCUCAGCAGGACAACUUCAGUGACUGCGGCGUGUACGUCCUGCAGUAUGUGGAGAGCUUCUUCGAGACCCCGAUCCCAAGCUUCCACCUCCCCAUGAACUUGUCGGACUGGUUUGCACAGCAGCGGAUGAAGAGGAAGCGGGAUGAGAUCAAGGAGUUGAUCCUGAAGCUGCAGUCCCAGCAGCAAGCCGAGGGCAUUUCGCCGGGCCUCACGGCCGACGACGAGGCUGACGAGGAGGAUGCCGACGGACUGGACGUACAGGACAUCCCGGUCACCUCCUGAGACGCCAACGCCAAUACUUGUGUGCUCUGUGUCUCACACAUUUGGUUCAUCCACGCCCCCCUGUCAAACCCUCUUAGGGCGGGUUAGGGUGCUGGUUCUAACGCAAGGACCCCCACACCCACCCACCCUUCCCAUCUGUGAUUGUAGGCUGCUGGAUAAGUUCUCCUUGAAUUCUAUGAUGAGAUGGGAAAAAAAAAAAAAGAAAAGAAAGAAAAUCAAAAUCAGCACAGAUAAACAACACAUCUCUGCCCCCCCUCCAUUACAUCAUUAACCACAACUGUCAGACUUCAGAGACAACGAAAAGAAAAAAGAGCAAAGAAAAAGAGAAAGAAAGAAAAAAAAAAAAAAACAUUUUUAAUUUGUAUUGAAUAAUAAUAAUAAAAAAAAAAGUGUACAUACUGUGCGCUGGAAGUUUUUGCUGCCUUUGUAAAUCGCUGUUGUCAGUGCAUCUCCAUCCAUCAUGGUUUCCUGCCUUCCUAGCCUGCAUCCUGUUUUCGAUGGAUUAAUGUACACAACCUUAUCGUUUCCAUAAUGCCCAUGACAUGGAGCUCUGUGUUCUCUUCAGAAGGACUAGCACAGUACUGUUAAAAGUGUUUUUGCGCCUUUCAGUAUGUUCAUUUGAUUUGAUUUGACGUCUUCGGUUUUUUUGUGUUUGUUUUGUUUUGUUUAUGCUUUCAGGGAGUAGAAGUUGCUGUUAUUUGUAAAUUAUUAUACCCACCAGUCUGGAAGGAAGAAAAAAAAAAAAGACAAUGUUUCUAAACUUCUACUUCUCAUAAACGUUGCUAGCCAGUGCCUGUUGACGCUUUACAUAAUGUUACCACACAUGGGUGGAUUUCAUUUUUGAAUAUUAAACAAAUUGAGCUGCAA